AUGCGUAAAGAGGAACCAGUAGACAGCAAUAAGGCAGGAGUGGAUUCAAGCACUCUGCAGCUCCAUUCGCAACAUUUGCACCAGCAGCAACAACACAACCAGCAGCAACAGCAGCAGGACAAUGAGCAGCAGCAGGUGCCGCAGCAGGUGCCGCAGCAGGUGCCGCAGCAGCAGCAGCAACAGGAGCAGCUGUCAGUGGCCCCUGUGCGUCCGCAUGCUUUAGCAUUUACACACCCGAAGGCUGGUUCCAUGGUCAUAGCCUCGUUGCGGCAACAGGCAAACCCCAUUAUAAAGUUUUUCGCCUCUGUUCCCUUCUGUUUUGCUCCAAUAGCCCCCGACUUUCUGGUUGGGGUUGGUUCCUGCGUUGUGUUCUUGAGUUUGAAGUAUCAUCGCUUGCAUCCGAAGCAGCUCGUGCAGCGGUUGCUGCCGCUGCAGCGACGGCGGGAGUUCUGCCGGCGUUUUUUGCUGCUUCUGAACGACGUGGAGGGUGCGGAUGCGUCUUUGGCCCAAGUCAUUCUGCAUGCCUUCCACUACGGCUUCAUUCUUCUCGUCGCUGCCUCCCCAGCAGAAGCUGCUGAGCUACUGCAGCAGCUGAAGGCUUCGGAAAAUCGGGCUUCCGACUGCUUGCAACCUGCAUUGGACGACCGGCAUGCGCCGCGUUGUGCAGAAGUGCUGAGGGUGCUGCCAUCUGUGAAUCGGGCAGACUUCGUUUCACUGGCGAAGGAGUUCAGAUGCAUGAGGAACAUCUUCAAGGCUCGGAAGCAACAGCUGCAGCAGUGCCCCGGAAUUGGGCCGAAGAAAGUGCGUGUGCUGCUAGCUGCCUUCGAGGAGCCCUUCUUCCCAGACACAGACGACAGGUUCACAGCGGCAGCAACGGCGCGCAGCUUCGCAGUAGCAGCACAGCUGAGCACUGAAGCCGAUAGCAAUGAAUCCAACACAGGCGAACGCGCAAACGCGCACCAGAAGCCAGCUGAAACGCUAAAAGCAAUCACUGGUCGAUGA